AUGUACCAGCACACCAACGUCAAGUUCUACGAGGCUCAGCUGCAUCCUUCACCCAAGGAGAGGGAUUCGCCCCCUCGCCCCCGCCGUGCCCCCAGCGCUCCCAUUACAUCAUGGCCCGAGCCCGCAGCAGCCACCGCAGCCCUGCAGCGCCCCGUGCCCUCUCCAGACCCGCAGAACACCCCGCUCCCCCCCCUAAAGAGAACCCCCAGGAUCUCAGCUGGUGUCGGAGGAGCGCGGGGACACGGCCGGGAAGAGGCUGCGAACCCCCCUCGCUGCGACACCCGUUUCCCCGCUCACCCCGGGCCACACGCGGCCUCGCCGCCCUCCCUCCCCCCGGCACGGCCAGACGGUGCUCGGCGCCGCUUCCCCGCCCGUCCCGGCGGUGAACUCCGGUCACCGGCACCCAAGGACGAGCCGCCGGCCGGCGGUGACCUUGCCGGUGCCGGCGGGGGUGGGAGGUGGCCGGGGCGCGGGCAGGGCGGCGGGGAACCCCCCCCGCACCCCGCGGUGACGGGCGAGGAAAUGCGGGAGAAUCCGCGCUGCAGCCGCCGGCGCCGGGAGCGCCGAGUUACGGGGGAAAGGCGCCGCACGGGCACCAUGAGAAAGCAGAAAAUGCAGGUCAAACGCCGCCUCCCCCGAGACCCGGAGGGGCCAGCGGCGGGGGCGGGCAGCGGCGGCCCGGAGGGGGCUGCCCCUGGCCGGACAACGACCCCCGCGGCCCCGCGGGACAAUGAGGGGACGAGGGGGCGCGGUGGAGGCCAGGCUGCAGCGGGGCUUCCCCGGCGCUCGCCUCCACCGACAAAGCCCCGCGGCCGCCUCGGCCCUGGCCCCGCACCGGCCCCCAGCAGACCGAGCCCGCGCUCCGCCGGGCCCGCCAUGAUGCCCGCGAACCGCGCCGGGCCGGGUCAGCCCGGGCCGGGCCUCCGGGGGCACGGCGGGGCGCUGCCGCCCAGGGCGCCGAGGCAGCGCGGAGCGCCGAGCGGAGCGCGGAGCUACGGCCCGCGCCGGGAGCCCCCCGCCUGCCCCGCCGCCCACCCCGGCGUUCCCUCCCCGCCGCCAGGAACGGCCGGUUCCCGCCCGCUCUCCCGCGCCUACCUGGCCGGCCCGUUCCCCGGGCCCCUACGCGGCACCAGGCCCGGCUCGGCGCCACGGCGUGUCCCGGGCAGCCAGCGGCAGCGAGCGCUCGGCCGCGGCGGCGGCCCCUCCCCGGCAGCAGCGGCGGCUUUUCCCCGGGCCGGGCGGAAACGGCACUGGGCGCACGGGGAUCCCCUGCGCCGGCGCCAGGGGCGCCCCGGCCACGCCCACCCCGUUCUCCGUUGGCUGCCGCGGCGCCGCGCCCCGCCCCGCCAGGGCGCCCUCCUUCGUCACCGCCCCUCCCGCCCUCCUUCGCUAUUGGCGGUCCGCCCGCGCGGCUCCGCCCACGCCGCAGCCUCAUUGGUCGCUGCAUGCCGGCCCCGCCGUUCGUCCCACGGUCGCGGCGCCCCAUUGGCGUGCGGGGCCGCCCGUCAGGCGCGGGGUGGGCGGUGGGGGGCGGCCGCCGCCGGAGCCGACGCGGGGCGGGGCGUGCGGGCUGCGGCAGCGCCCGGCGGGCGAGCCGCGCUACGUGCCGAGGGGCGGGGCGUGAGCGCGGCGCGCGGGGCGACUCCCGCGUCGGGACACGUGGCAGAACGAAGGGGCGGUGCGGGGGGCGGCCGGGAGGGCUGGGGCGGAGGACGCAGGGCGCAUGCGCGGUGUCGCCGCGCGCGGGGCCUGCCGCGCGGCACGUCCGCGCGCGGGGGGCGGGGGUCCCGGCGAGGGGUCCCGGGGGCACCGCCCGGGGCCGCGACCGAGACCCGCCCCGCCCGGGCCGGGGCGGCGGGGCCAGCGCACCCACAGCCGGCCGGACCCCUUCCCAGGAGCCCCGAACAAAGGCCGCGGGGGCCGUGA